GAUGACCUUCGAACCAUUCGAACAAACACGGGACGAGCGCAAAGGUGACUUCAAUGGCGAUCUCGGUGCUCACUCCGACGCAGCGCUACGCCGCCGGCGCGCUGCUCGCCCUCGCUCUCCGCCAGGCCCAGAUCCAUCAGACCCACCCUCUCGGCUCUUCCUUCCCCGACGACGACAACGAUGAUGCUGACUUCGUCCCUGACCGCUUUAGCAGCGCCAGCGCCAGUAGCAGUAGCAGCGCCACCAGCAGCGGCGGCGAGAGCGAUGCGGAUUCCAGCCUCCUCUGGACUCAUAAGUCCCGUGGCCUCCUCCGCCCUGUCUUCCGAUUCUUGGAUAUUCAUUCUAAUGCGUGGUCUGGGCUGGAAGAGACUGCGGCUUCCUCUUCGUCCAAGCAUCAUAUUGGAGCUUUCCUUAGGAUAAUUUUUGAGGAGGAGGUAUCUGCAGAAAAUUCGGAUCAGAUGCUUGCCUUGUCCAAAGCAGUGGAUGCCAUGGUGAUGAGCUUGGAAACUUCCUCUUCUAAACACGAGGCAGAAGAGCAGCGACAAUAUGGACACAAACAGGAACAACAUCAGAGCACUUCUACAACAACAGAUAGAACUUCUGAUGUGACUACUAAGCCUUCAGAAAACUUUGAACUCAUAAAGUCUCAGGCAUUAAUCAGAAGAGUGGAAAGAUAUGAUGAUUCAACUGAUAGUACUGAUAACAGAUCCAUGUUAGGGGACAAUUCGGUCAAUCAUCAGAGGAAGCUGGCAGUUCUUUUUGCACUUCUCUCUGCCUGUGUGGCUGAUAUGCCAGAAGAUGACAAGAAGAAACAUCGUUAUCGGAAGGGCUAUGACAGUCGGCACCGUGUUGCUUUGAGACUCUUAGCAACAUGGCUUGAUAUCCAAUGGAUAAAAGUGGAAGCUAUGGAGAUAAUGGUUGCUUGCUCUGCAAUGGCUGCAGCUAAAGAGGAAGAAAUACAAUCUCAAGAAAAUGAAUUAGAGAAAAACAAAUGGGCCAAAUGGAAACGUGGGGGCAUCAUUGGUGCAGCUGCAUUGACAGGAGGGGCUUUGUUGGCUAUUACUGGAGGUCUUGCUGCCCCGGCAAUUGCUGCCGGUUUUGGUGCUUUGGCUCCUACAUUAGGAACUCUAGUCCCAAUUGUUGGGGCUGGUGGUUUUGCUGCUAUGGCAACUGCUGCAGGAUCAGUUGCUGGUUCAGUUGCUGUUGCAGCCUCAUUUGGAGCUGCUGGAGCUGGACUUACGGGAAGCAAAAUGGCUAGGAGAAUUGGGAGCAUUGAGGAAUUUGAAUUCAAACCUAUUGGAGAUAAUCACAACCAAGGCCGGCUAGCGGUUGGUAUCUUGAUUUCGGGUUUUGUUUUUGAGGAGGAAGAUUUCAUAAGGCCUUGGGAAGGACAUGAGGAUAGCCUAGAGAGAUAUGCUCUCCAGUGGGAAUCCAAGAAUUUGAUUGCAAUCAGCACUGCAAUCCAGGAUUGGAUCACAUCAAAACUUAUGAUGGGCAUGAUGCAGCAAGGUGCCAUGAUGACUGUGUUAGGCACCCUUGUUACCGCCUUAGCUUGGCCAGCUACAUUACUUGCCGCCACUGACUUCAUCGACAGCAAAUGGUCUAUUGCUCUUAACAGAUCAGAGAAAGCAGGAAAGCUACUUGCUGAAGUGUUAAUGAAAGGCUUGCAGGGAUACAGACCAGUUACCCUUGUUGGGUUCUCAUUAGGAGCAAGAGUUAUAUUUAAAUGUUUACAGAAACUUGCUGCAUCGGGAGAUAAUGAGGGGAUUGUGGAAAGGGUUGUGCUUCUUGGUGCACCAAUUUCUGUGAAUGGUGAAAACUGGGACUCUGUUAGAAAGAUGGUUGCUGGAAGAUUUAUCAAUGUAUAUGCAACAAAUGACUGGAUCCUGGGUGUAACUUUUCGAGCAAGUCUGCUCACCCAAGGAUUGGCUGGAAUUCAAGCUGUUGAUGCACCUGGCAUUGAAAAUGUUGAUGUCACAGAUUUCAUUGACGGUCACUCCUCCUAUCUCUGGGCAGUUCCACAAAUCCUGCAGCAACUCGAACUCAAUACCUAUUACCCUGUUUUCGUAUCCCCUCCUACUGAAACCAAACAAACAAUUUAAAAAAACCCCCCAAAAAA